AUGGGCGGCCAGGGCAGCGUGGGCGGGAAGCAGAGGCGCGACUGGACGUGCAAAAACUGCAUCAACCGCCGCAAGGGGAAGGCACUGCUCAAAUGGGGCAGCAGCCUCAAGUGCCACGGCUGCCGCCUGCACAAGAAGGACGUGCUCGGAACGGCCGCUGAGCAUGCGGAGCCGUCCAAGAAGGCCGAGGGGAGCAAGCACCCGAAGGGCAAGUUCGAGAAGCUCCUCGAGGCCGCGCAGAAGGAGCUCGCCGACCUCAAGAAGGAGCGGGGCAGCGGCAAGCCGCCGUCUUGGCAGGAAGCCGCCGGGAUCAGCGAGUCCAUGGGGACGGACGACUCGGAUGCUGGCAAGAUCGACGCCAAGAUCAAGCGGCGCCUCCGCGACCUGGCGAUGCUCAAGGGCAGCGACAGCGGACUGGCCCUGGACAACAAGGAAAAGGCCUACCAGGAGCUCCGCACGCUGCACGUGGAGAUGGAGGCCGAGCUCGAGCGCCUGCAGCAGCUGUUGCCCACGGCGCCAGCCGCGCGGGCGCCAGCCACAGCUGUGGCGCAGGAGCUGGUACCAGGACUCGGCCUCACCAUGGGGGAGCUCUCGCAGCUCGUCGCGACGCAACUGGGUGCGCACUCGGGCGAGGAGCAGACCCUACCGCACGCGGCGCAGGCGAAGUUGGCGGAGGGGCUCAGCAGGUGCAUCACAGCCCGCUGGGAGCCCGACGAGCUCGAGGAGUCGGAGCUCCGCGAGAUGGCCAGGUUCGCCAAACCAGACGACGACGCCGCCAAGGUUCGGGAGCUGGCCAAGGCGAUGGCGAUGGGCGGCACGGUCGGAGGCGUGGUCAUCCUGGCCAAGGCCUCCAUCCUGAUGAUGGCGCCGCCGCUGCCCGACUCGCCCGUCCUGCAUGAGGGACGCAUGUCGGCCGCGCACGUGCACUGGGGCGUGCGCGGAGGCCUGGUGAUGACCUCUGUCUACCUGGUCGACAGCGUCGGGUUCAGCGUCGUCAACCAGGGGAUCUGGUUCACCCUGCUGCGCUACCCGGUGCAGCUCAACGCCGCGGGCUACGACUGGGUCGUCGGAGGCGGUUUUAACAUGGCGCUGGAGCUGCUGGAGCCUCAGUGGGGCGAGCUGGACUACGCGUCGACGAUCGACUACUUCUUCGUCUCGGGCAACCUGGGCCAGAGGAUCUUCGAGCCGACCGUGCACGAGCUGGGCACCGCGGCGCCCCGCCUGCCGGUGCAGCUUCGGCUCGUCGGGCAGGACAUGAAGAUCCCGGUCCGCGUCCCUGUGACGCCUCGGCCCAUCCCAGCGGCGCCGCCCAUUGGAUGCGCCCGAGGUGAGGAGGAAUGGACCAAGACGUUGGCCAAGGUCCUGCAGGUUAAGGAAGCAUACGCCGACAAGAAGCGCGGUGGACCAGCGCAGGACAGCGUGAGGGGGAGGUGCGUCAAAGCUCCCCAAGGCAUACGGUACCCCGAUGAGAGCAACGAUCGCGUGCAGCAGCUGCUAGUGCAGGCGUGGGACGCCGUGCUGGACACCGUCGAACAGGAGCUGCUGGACGGCUACGAUACGGUGGGAGAGCAGAGGCACAAGUACGUCGGCAGGUCAGGCGAUCUGGCGACGGCCCUGCGGCCUGCCAAGUGGCGACCGCCUGCGCAUCGGGCGCGGCUCGGCCCACUCGCUGGAGCCUGCCGUGUUGCGGCGAGGUGGGCGCGUCAAAUGAUGGGCGCCAGUGCGUUCGUCGCUGAGUCGCUGCGCCUACUGCAAGCAUCGGACGCGGUGUGCGAGCUGUCGUCGAUGCAGUACUCCAAGCUGGCCUGCUUCCUGCUGGAGACCAAGAGCAGCCGCGACAAGGUGGCGAGGCACCACAAGAUCAUCGCGCUGCUGCCGCAGUGGGCGCAGGAUGUCUUCUUGGCAGGCAUGCACGUAUUGCUGCGACAUAACUUCAUCCAUGUGGCUGGCGACAUCGUGGAGCACGCCAGCACAGGGGCUGCUGAUCGGGCGCACAGGGCGGCCGAGACCCGUGCGCUGCAGCUGGUGCUGCCCAAGUGGACGGAGCGCGACAGGAUCGCCAGCCCCGUCAGCGCCUGCGAUAAGGAAAUGAAGGAGUGGGUCAACAUCUGGAGGUGCCGCGAGCUGGGGCAGCUUCAGAGGCCGCGCGACACCGACCAGUGGGAGCCCCUCCCCACGCUCGCGGUGGGCAUGCUGCAGGCUGCUGCGCUGUCCUUCCCGACCUCCACGGCGAUUGGGCCCGCGCGCAUCGGCAUGCGGGCGCUGGUGCGCUUGUCGAAGGCCAGCUUCUCCAAAGCCUGGCUCUCCGUGCACCCCAGCGCCGACAUCUGGGGCAUGGGAGGAGACAAGAGCUCGCCAGACUCGGCUUUCAACCUCAACAUCGAGACGGAGAUCUCUGCGGCGCUCGGGGAGUACACGCUCACGGUGCUCAUUGAGGCGCGGGAGCUGGGCAUGCCGCUGCGAAUCGUCUGGAUGCUGUUGGAGCUCUAUCGGCAGCCGAGGAGGCUAUGCGCGUUCGGGUCGAUCUCGCACGAUGUGGUCGCGUGGCAGGGGGCGCUGGCGGGCUGCACGCACGCCUGUGCGAUGGUCUCGCUCCUUCUCCACAGGCUGCUUCAGCGCAUUCGCGGCCUCGGCGUGGUGCCCAAGGCGCUCAUCGACGAUGUUGCCCUGCGCAUGGCGGACUUCGGGGCGCCCGCCCUUGACAAACUGUGGGCUGCGGUCACCAGGUUCCGCGAGGGCGCCCGUGAGCUCGGCAUCAGCAUCCAGCGGGAGAUGUCUGGCUAUGUCACCCCGUCCUCGGCUGUCGCGCAGCGCUGUCGGCGGCACGGCGGAGCGCGAGGACUCAAGGGCAGGCACUGGGUCGGGAACCUGGGUAAAGACCUCUGCGGCCGUCGCAAGGUGCAUCGCCAGACCGCCGAGCGGACGAAGGCACCGGCUGCGCGCACGGGCAGGCUAUUGCUCUUCAAGAAGGCGUUGGGCAGGAGGGUCGCCUGCCUCUGGAAGACGGGGCCCCUCCCCAGCGCAACGCAUGGAGCUGGAGUGUCAGGGGUCAUCGACGCCACGCUCGGCAAGCUCAGGAGCGAGGCGGGCAUGCUGGUCCGGGCCAGGCAGGGGCCCUCGAGCGUCACGGUCUUCCUGGCGACGCAGGGAGCCACGGAGUUCGAUCCCAUCUACGGGGCGACCUGUGACCUGGUCUGCCGCUACGCCAGCUGGGCGUGGGAACAGCGCACCUCGCUAGCUUGGGCCGAGGCCACGGCCGUGCUGGUGGCUCACCCCUGCUGGGCAGGGGUGCGCGGGCCCAUCGCGUCCGCGAUCCUCACGCUGUGGCGCAUUGGCUGGUUCAUGCACUCGUCAC